GGCGGGCUGCGAUUGGCCGCGUGGGCGCGGGCUGAGCAGCGGGUAGGCUUGCCCGUGCCAACGCCCUUUAGCGCUGGCUCUCGCCGGAGACGGGAGCGGCUCUUUCUCUCCGCCACCGCCCCGAGCGAGGCAGCCGAUCGGGUGGCGCCCGCGGCCCGGCCUAGCGCAGCGGACUCAGGUUUUGAGGUGCAUUCUCAGGUCGGUAGUGUGACAUCCCCAGCUUCUCCUGCUUUUCCUACUGUGCUGCUCUUGCCCCACUGCCAGCCACCAUGGAUAAGACCGAGUUGAUCCAGAAAGCCAAGCUGGCUGAGCAAGCUGAGCGCUACGAUGACAUGGCCACCUGCAUGAAGGCAGUAACGGAGCAAGGGGCCGAGCUGUCCAACGAGGAGCGCAACCUACUCUCAGUCGCCUACAAGAACGUAGUAGGGGGCCGACGCUCUGCCUGGAGGGUCAUCUCUAGCAUUGAGCAGAAGACAGACACCAGUGACAAGAAGAUGCAGCUUAUCAAGGACUAUCGGGAGAAGGUGGAGUCUGAGCUCAGGUCCAUCUGCACCACUGUGCUGGAGCUGUUGGACAAGUAUUUAAUAGCUAAUGCAACUAAUCCAGAGAGCAAGGUAUUCUACCUGAAGAUGAAGGGAGACUACUUCCGAUACCUUGCUGAAGUUGCCUGUGGUGAUGACAGGAAACAAACAAUAGAAAACUCACAGGGAGCUUAUCAGGAGGCAUUUGAUAUCAGCAAGAAGGAGAUGCAGCCAACACAUCCGAUUCGCUUGGGUCUAGCUCUUAACUUCUCUGUAUUUUAUUAUGAGAUUCUCAACAAUCCUGAGCUUGCCUGCACACUGGCAAAGACAGCGUUCGAUGAGGCUAUUGCAGAACUUGAUACACUGAAUGAAGACUCAUACAAAGACAGUACUCUCAUCAUGCAGUUGCUUAGAGACAACCUAACAUUAUGGACAUCAGACAGCGCAGGAGAAGAAUGUGAUGCUGCAGAAGGGGCAGAAAACUAAAACUGCACGUGGGGCGUCAUUCUCCCUUUCCUUCUCAAGAAACCUUUUUACACGUCUCCAUUCCUUAUAGCUCCACUUGGAUUUCCUAUAGCAAAGAAAACCCAUCCAUGUGUAUGGAAAUCAAUUUAUAGUCUUUUCACACUGCAGCUUUGGGAAAACUCCAUUCCUUGAUUUGUGUUUGUCCUGGCCUUCCUGGUGUGCGGUUACUGCUGUAGAAAAGUAUUAAUAGCUUCAUUUCAUAUAAACAUAAGUAACUUCCAAACACUUAUGUAGCGGACUAAAGUGUACCUGGUAUUUAAAGACAAAUCUGAACCAGUUCCUGCCAGUUGACUGUGUUUUGUAUUACAGUAAGAUAUGAAAAUGUAGUUAAUUGCAACUAAAGAGUGUUCCACAUAGCUUUUAAUUCUCCACAUUCCCUUCUUAUUCUGCAGGGUUUCCUUUCCAUAAUUGACUUUCACAUGCUACUGUGUAUUCUUUUCAGUAGGAAUAUGGAAGUACUGGGCCAGAUCAAGUUGAGCAUUUCUAGUUUGGAAAAUGACAAAUUGAGUCACUUCCUGUAUCAUGUAAUACAGAAGCUUGUGUGUCUGAGAACAGGGGCUUCUCUUAUCCUUCAGUUGCUGCUGUUUAAGUUGGUAUCCCUUCCCAAUAAAAGUUCACUUACACUCCUGCCUUCAUAGUUCUGGUAUUCACUUUACUAUGUAUUAGAAGCAGCAUGUUACUGCCGGAGUGCAGGCAGUGCUUUUUGGCAGACUAAAGUGCAUGUCAUUUCUUAAUACACUGGAAUGGGAAAACCAAUUGAAGUUCACAUGUCCAAGUAUAAAAUUUAGUACUUUUCCAUGCAGGUUUGUGCACAUGUGAGAAGGUGUCAAGUUUGUCCAGUGAUUGUUAUUUAGAGAGUUUGGACCACUAUUGUGUGUUGCUAAUCAUUGAUUGUAGUCCCAAAAAAGCCUUGUGAAAAUGUUAUGCCCUCUGUAACAGCAAAGUAACAUGAAAUAAAAUUACAUUUUAUAAACCACUUACUGUUGACUUGUAACAAUUCCAUGUAAUCACUUAAGGGCUAAACUUAAAUGUAAGUAUCUUGUGCUACGAGUGUCUUCGCAAAUUUAGUGUACUUCUAAAAAGUCUGCUGUUAAAAGAACUCAUUUCAUAUUUGAACAGUGUUCAUUUAUGAAUAUAUCCUGGAUAACUUUUCUUAAUUAAGCUGACAUGUGGACUUCUUAACUGAAUCUGCCGGAGUUAAUGGCUUCGCCUCAAUAAUUACUUAAGA